AUGCGCACGGUCCUCGCGCUGGCGCUCUCCGCCCAGGGGGCGGCGGCCUUCGUCCAGGGUGCCGGCGCGGCGACCCGCGGGGCCGCAGCCCCGCGCAGGCCGCUCGCCGCCGCCGGGCCGCCCCCCGCCGCGGAGGCGGAGGCCGCGGACAGCUCCGCGCGGCCCCGCCUCGUGCUCGGCGCGCUGGGCUUCGUGCUGGGCCUGGCCGCCGCGGGGGGGAAGGCGUCCGCCAAGCAGCCGUUCCAGACCGAUCGGGACUGCCCCUUCGGGGACUCGUUCUACGACAUCUACAAGCAGCCGGACUGCAGGAACAAGAGGGUCUCGCCGGACUCGGUGAGGCCCUGGUCGGACUACAAGGACGCUUCGCCAGGGCGUCUCACGCGCGAUACCGCGGACUCUGGGCCGGCCUUCAUGUACGGCCCCGACAGCCAGUUCAGCAGCGGCUUCAACAUGGGCGAAAAGAUCAUGAACAAAAAUGGUGACGCCGACGGCCCAGAGACCAGGUUCUGGUCCCGCAGGCCGGACAAGAUCGCGAUGAAGGGCGGCUAUUUCAACUACAUGGGCAUGGCCGACGAUGCGAACGACCCGAGGAGGAAGAUCCGGUCCCCCGGGGCCAACUGGAAGUACCUCACCAAGGAAGAGGCGGCCACGAAGGAGGAGAUCGACAAGUACUUCGGGAGGAGGGAGAUUCCAGUGUGGGGCAUCAAGAAGAAGCCGUGA